AGCACGAGCUGUCCCUAAACCUCCCUCUCCACCUUGAACCUUUGCACUCGUUCGACCUUCAUCGCGAUAUCGCAGUCGCUUGUUGUCUUUGCAUUGCAUUGUCUUUGUUUUAAAGUCGUGUUUUACGCUUCAGAUCCUCCUCUAAUUCACCCUUUAUCUUCCCGUACCCAAGUCAACAACUUCAAGAUGGCUUCUGCAGCUGCCGAGAACGCUUCACCGAUUGGUAUUGCCAAUCUGCCCAACCAGCGACACAAGAUUGUCGCGAAGCGUGGUGCCGGUUUCACUAUUAUGGUUGCUGGCGAGUCUGGUCUAGGCAAGACUACCUUCAUCAACACUCUUUUCUCCACCACCAUCAAGAACUAUGCCGACCACAAGCGCCGUCACCAGAAGCAGGUUGAUAAGACUGUCGAGAUCGAGAUCACCAAGGCCGAGCUCGAGGAGAAGUUCUUCAAGGUCCGACUGACCGUUAUCGAUACACCCGGAUUCGGCGACUACGUUAACAACCGCGAUUCUUGGAUGCCCAUUAUCGAGUUCCUCGACGACCAGCACGAGUCUUACAUGCUUCAGGAGCAGCAGCCCCGCCGCCAGGACAAGAUCGACCUCCGUGUCCAUGCCUGCCUUUACUUCAUCCGCCCCACCGGCCACACUCUCAAGCCUCUCGAUAUUGAGGUUAUGAAGCGCCUCUGCUCGCGUGUCAACCUUAUCCCCGUUAUCGCCAAGGCCGAUACCCUCAGCCCCGCUGACCUGGCCAAGUUCAAGCAGCGCAUUGUCUCUGUCAUUGAAGCCCAGAAUAUCAAGAUCUACCAGCCCCCGAUCGAGGAGGACGAUGAGGCCGCCGCUCAACAUGCCCGCAGCCUUAUGAACGCCAUGCCUUUCGCUGUUAUCGGCUCCGAGAAGGACGUCAAGACCGGCGAUGGCCGCAUUGUCAAGGGCCGACAGUACUCUUGGGGUGUUGCCGAGGUUGAGAACGAGGACCACUGCGACUUCAAGAAGCUCCGCUCUAUCCUGAUCCGAACCCACAUGCUCGACCUUAUUCACACCACCGAGGAGCUGCACUACGAGGCUUACCGCGCUCAACAGAUGGAGACCCGCAAGUUCGGCGAGGCUCGUCCCCGAAAGCUCGACAACCCCAAGUUCAAGGAGGAGGAGGAGGCUCUCCGAAAGCGUUUCACCGAGCAGGUCAAGAUCGAGGAGCAGCGUUUCCGACAAUGGGAGCAGAAGCUUAUCUCCGAGCGCGACCGUCUCAACAAAGAUCUCGAGCAGACCCAUGCUCAGAUCAAGCAGCUCGAGCAAGAGCUGGAGCAGAUGCAGGGCAGCGCUGUCCGCAGCCACGGUCGCCGCUAAACGAUUUCGAGCGGGCCUUUAUGCACAUGUGCAUGGCUGCAGUUGGACAGUCGUUUCUUCAAGUUUCUUUUACCUGGAGCUCCGUUUUGGGGUUUGGAGUUGAAAAAUGAAAGGUCCGAAGAAUACCACAAGAAGACAGGAGAGGGAUCACGAGUUCAUGGAUAUACCUGCUCGCUCUUCCCUACAGAGGCCAAGGGGGAGCUGCCCUUGCUGGGACUUGUUAUCAUGGCCGCGGCAUGUUGUGUAGGAGUUAUGAUUCCCUCCCCAUGAUUUUGUUUGUUCUUGGUUGCUAUGCCGGCAACUCAUACCCACAAGUACGAGACGCCUUUGAAGCGAACAAGACGUAUGGAGAAAGCCUUGAUAGUCUUGCCCUUUUUUUAUUACAACCUUUUACUAGAGCCCUUUCUCUCAGCUAGGCACAUUUUAGUUUCGAUGUAAUUUCAAUCACAACAUUUUAUGAUACCAGUUUGAGAU